AUGGUUGCCGGUCUGGCCGUUGACGGGAACACCGACACUGACUAUUACCAUGACUCCUGUCAGCACAAUGAGGGAGAAAGCAACCCCAUGUGGUGGGUGGAUCUCGGACAAUCAUUUUCGAUUAACAGGGUGGUCAUCUUCAACCGCAUGGACUAUGGUCCAGAACGACUCAACCCCUUCAACAUCCACAUUGGGAAUUCCUACCAGGUAACCUUGAACCCCAAGUGUGGAGGGGACCAUUACAUCGACGUGAGCCAGCCGUCUAUUUCCAUCUCCUGUCAGGGGAUGACCGGGCGGUACGUCGGCGUUCGUCUGCCCGGAACCUACCGAAGCCUGACCCUGUGCGAGGUCCAGGUCUAUUCUAACUAA